AUGGCGGCAAAUGGCCCUGGGCGGCGCCAAGACCAGGCCAUGAUCUGGGACGCGGACACGCAAUCUGCUCUGAUGUUUGGAGGCCAAGCUGCCAACACCUUCCAGUACUUCAAUGACCUGUGGCAGUUCCACUGGCGAACGCGAAGCUGGGCCGAGCUACAGCCAGAUUUUCCAGGUCCGUCGCCCAGAUUCGGCCACAGCGCCGUUUGGGAUCUUGUGUCGCGCACCAUGCUGAUCUUGGGCGGCAAUUCCGUGAGCGAGACAUACGGCGAAAUGUGGGCAUACGAGAGCGCACGAAACCGGUGGACAUUGUGGCUUUCGAGCGAUGGACCCGGGCCACGUGUGUACCACACUGCCGUAUGGGACCCGCUGCGUCGGGCCAUGCUGGCCUUCGGUGGAGAGAGUGGGGUGGACAUCCUGGCGGAGCUUCGCUACUUCAGCUUCGUGAGCCGAGCAUGGUGGCCUUUGACGACGGGUUCAGGGCCCCGCAGCAAACACACGGCUGUGUGGGAUGCCGCCACACGGAGCAUGCUCGUCUUUGGGGGCUGGAACGGGCAAAGCUACCUCUCAAACCUCCAGCGCUAUGAUGCCAACUCCGACAACUGGGCCGAAGUCCCAGCUGCCGGCGCUGUACCGUGGCCGCGAGGUGGGCACGCUGCGGCUUGGGACCCUGCCUCUUCCAGCUUCUUUGUUGUUGGAGGUGUGCAGAACCGAAGCGACACGCGGAGCUUCAGCGACGACUUCUUUAGCUUCAGCAUCCUCAAUGGCAUGUGGGCCGAGCUUGGGCCAAAUGCUCCUGGCGCCAGUGCCGAGCUGCCCCCGGGCCCAUCCGCGCGCACCUCUCUAAGCGUGGUCUUCGAUGCAGCCUCUCCAGCGUUGCUGCUCUUUGGCGGCUUCAACGGCUCCUACCUGGGUGAGACGUGGAGAUAUGUCAUGACGCCUACAGCUCCCACUCCAACUCUGCGCUGCCAGCUGGGCCAGCCUUGCCUCCCGGAAGGUACGGACGCUGGCAACCUGAGCAUGAGCAAUCUGCGAGUCAAAACAAGCUGCCAAGACGGCCAUGGCUUGCCGCCUUUGGAUGGCAGGCGCUUGUUUGUGGAGCCGGACAGCCACCAACUCUGCGCCUGCGCUGGAAAUGACUGCAGCCGAGCACAAGAUCACACGGUGCCGGUUGGCCGCUUCAUUGCCGAAGGGCCUUAUGCCAACCAGUCUGCACUUUGCUACAUUGGCUGGAAGUGCACCGUCCCCAUCUGGAUGGGCGUCGGCAUCUCUACCAACGAUUCCCUUAUCGCGCGGCGUGACUGCCACAACAUGCUUACAUCGACGUAUAGCUUGGCUAUCACUAUAAACGAAUCUGCUAACGCUUUCCUCCUGGAUGUGGGAAUGAUCGACUCGGCCGGAACACCAGCAGUUGUGGAGCUUUGCUGGUGCCCGUUCAGCCAUUCCUGCGAUUCUGCAGAGGACUUCCAGGCAACAGCACUGCGCCUUCACAUCCAGUGCCCACCGGGGCAAUACGAGCUCGAAAACGCAUGCAAUCUCUGCCCUGCAGACCACUACUGCCCGGGAGGCCAGCAGUUGCGAAGCUGCCCGCUCGCGAGCACAGCCCCCAUCGGCUCCAGCGAGCUUUCGCACUGCAUCUGCCUGCGCGGACGUUACUGGGACGACGGCACUUGCGCCCUUUGCCCGUACGGCUCCACGACCACGCAGACGGGCGCGACCUCGGUCACAUCUUGCACAUGUUUGCCAGACUUCGUCAACACGAAUCCGGAGACCCCCUGGAUUUGCGACUGCGGGCCGGGUUUUGGCUUUGACGUCGAGCGAGGAGUCUGCGAAGCCUGUCCAGCUGGGUCCUUCAAAUCUGCUGCCGGCAACAUGCUGUGCUCAGCUUGCCCGAGUGACCAGUCCACUCUGCAAACGACUACCAGAUCUUCCGCAGAGUGUCUGUGCAGAGCAGGCCUCAUGCAAGAUGGGGAAGCCUGCGUGGACUGCCCGCAGGGUUUCUUUUGCAACGGCACAGGCUUGGCGCAGCAAUGUCUGGAAGGUGCUACCUCAGGCACGAGGUCAACGUCUCUUGAGGACUGCCUCUGCGGGCCAGGCCUUUUCAAGAAUGAGAUCACAUGCGAUCCUUGUCCACAAGGAAAGUACAAGCAAGACAGUGGCAAUGCAGCAUUCUGCAACGGUCAGUGUCCAUCAAACAGCCUUAGCAAGGAGGGAUCCUGGGGCCUCGCAGACUGCUCAUGUACAGAUGGUCAUUAUGCAGAGAUUGAUUCCGAAGGCAGGCUGUCCAGAUGUGCAAGUUGCGCUGGCCUACCGCAUUUUCACUGUGACGGUGGCUUCCGCGAAGAGAACGGGACAAACGUCCACGUACUUCCACUCGCCCGGGCUGGCUUCUACCAGACGGGCAUCUUGACAGCCUACAAGUGCAGUGUCGUUGCUGAGGAUGGCUUGAGCGCCUGUCUCGGUGGAGUGACUUGUUCAGACACUGACAAGUCCGACAACCUUGAGCACUGCAGGGAGAGUGCCGCAGGGAAUCUUUGCGCGUCUGGAUCUACAGGCAUGCUGUGUGGCGAGUGCCCUGUUGGUUGGGGCAGGCACAACAUCCAACAGGCCUGCAUGCCCUGCACCGGUGCCACGCUCUCGAUGACUUCGUCUAUUUUGGCAGAGGUAUCACUGAAGGCCCUGAUCAACUUCAUUGUGGCCUCCAUGGCAGCUACCGCUGCCAUACGGGGCAGUGGCAAGCUCCAUACCAGUAUGCUACGGAUGGCCAACCAGUGGGUCGCCGCCUGCUCUGUCCUCUUGGUCUUUGACUUAGAUGGCGUGCGGUCUCUUCUCUCAGCCUCGGAGCUGAACCAGGCCCUGUCGCCGCGCCUGGCAUGGCCGCAGGAGGUGAGUUUGGCAAUGGCCGGCGUGUUUGACAUUUUGUCAUUUGCCCAGCCUUUGGUCUCGGUGAACUUUGGAAUCCAGUGCCGCACGCAGGAGCUGUUCGCUGAGCCAACUGCUCCAACUACGGCCCUGGGCAUCUAUUACCUUUGCUUGCCGGUUCUCCUCAUCCUCGGCAUUCUAGUCCUGUCCUCUGCUGCCGUAUACCUCCUGGUACCCAUCGCGAGGCGAUACGGCUUCCACUUCAAUGAGGUCGCCAAGAGGCGCGAGCAACGGCGCGCUGUGCUGCAACGCCUGAAGGGUGCACUGGAGGAACUCAUGGAGCUGAAGGGCCUCAAAGGUAUCUCCUGGCACGAUGUCGAGCAAUCAGGUGCGUUAGACAUGGCGACAGUUGCCCAAUUAGAGGCAUCCAUUGCGCAGCCCGACUCCUUCCUGCGAGACUUUGCAGCCGGCAGCAGGAAGCGUCUAUUCAAAUCCGCAGCAACCAGUCGCGAUGAUAAUAGUAAUGAUGUGGAUGGAUGCCGAUCGGCAUCGAGCUCUUGCGGGCAAAGCGGCAGCUUCCAAGAGCUUCAACAAGGAGGCACACCGGUCCACGAGAUCGUUGCCGAACGUGCUGCCAACCUUGGGGGAGAGACGCGCGUGGCUAUGAGGCAGACAACCAGCAUCGCCGAGGAGCAUCAGAUCCUGGAGGUGGAUGCUGCAAUGGACUCUCUGGACUUUGGUCUCUUUGGGUCGAAGCCAGGCUUGCUCUCCUUGGUGCAACAGAGCAUGCCCAUCAUAUGGAUUGGCCUGAUCUCUUUGUGGCCCGUUCUAAUGGCUGCUUUCCUUCGCAUGUUAUGGUGCGUGCCCAUCCCACAAGAAGGCGAUGAUGGCGUUGGCUUCACGUACCGUUUGCUCCCCAGCCCUGACAUCGUGUGCUGGGAAGCCCCACACCUCCCGGCUGCAGGCGUGGCCAUUGGAGGCCUGCUUGUUUGGUGCGUUGGGGUUCCAACUGUACUGGCGGCGCGCCUGUUAUUCAUGCCAGACAGGCAUGCCCCAGAAAACUACAGAAGGUAUGGAUUCUUCCUUCAAGGCUAUGAGCAGGCUUACUGGUGGUGGGAUGUGAUAGCCAAGCGAGUUGAUGUGGGCUUAAUGAUGCUUAUCGCCUACACGUCGCUGGUACCAACUCCAGAGGCGAAGCUCCUGCUUUACCCAAUAUUUUCAGGGAUUCAGCUCUUCCUUUCUGCCUGGAUCCGGCCCUUCACGAAUCAGCAGGCGGGUCUUCUGGACGUUCUCGAGAUGCUGCUCCAGAUGACCCGCUUCCUUCUUUUUGGCGCAGUAGCAGCCAUGGUUAUCCUUUCACCAGAGACGACCACAGCGCAGUUACUGGCGAUUUCGUUGCUCAUAUUUGUGCUGGCUGCAGUUUCGUACCUGCUGCUCCAAGUAGUCGCUCAAUUCUUGAAGGAUGCAUCUGAAGUUUCUUCUGCAGAAAGCAGGAAAAACCCCAUCAUGAAACUCUUCAGUGGGGUCCAGCACCUGGUGCUGGGCUACACACUGCCGAUCUUCAGACAGCACGAAGACGAACAUCUUCAGUUAUGUUGGCGCUGUGACAAGGACACGAUCACGGUUCUGACCGCUUCAGAGACAGCUCCCGACAAACGAGGCAGCGCAUGCCUCUCCUCCUUCUGGCGAUUUCGUGCGCAACUCCUGCGUUUCAGUGCUUCCCACCAGCGCACCACCUUGGCCAAGUUAAACGAAGAGUUUACGACAUUUUGGCUGGUGCAAUUGCAACAGCGCGAGCUGCCAUGCGAGAGUGCUAUCAUCCUCUGCCGCCUUGCCGAAGCUAACAAGUACCUCGCGCGCACCACAGCCAAGACACGAAUUGCAGCGGUGUGGAUGCAACAGCUGCAGGAGGGGGCUUAUGAUUCCGGACCUAAGACGUGUACCCCCGAGGAUGUGGAAGCUGCCGUUGCCCGCUUGACACAGCUGGCUCCUGAACAGGCUGUCAAGCUGGUCGAGUGCGCUGUCGCAGUCUCCGCUAGGCAUGGCAAGGUCACAGGGAAAAGCCCCAGCCAGCGAGUCAGCCACGAGAUCCAGGAGGAGCUUCGGAUUGGAAGCCGUGCCAACCGUGCCACUGGUGCUGCCUGCGACGAUGCCGAACGGCUGCAUGCGGAUUCUGGAACAGAAGCUGAUGCUGUUCCCCUUGUUAACGUCAUGGUGGAGAAGGAUCUGGCUGCAGCGCAGCGCGUGCGAGACGUGGCCCAAGAAUACGACAAGGCAGAGCAGCUAAAACAGGAGGUCGAGAAGGCCAAGAAGGACCUCAAGGAGGCCGAGACGAAGCUCAAGGAGGCCGAGACGAAGCUCGAGGAGGCCGAGCAGGAGAUCGAGAAGCACAAGCAUACCAAGGACCUCGUCUUCGUCUGCAUGUGA